ACCAAAAAACACCAGUUAGUUCACCUGGAAGCACAGCACUGCCCUGCUGCUCUCUCCUGUCCAAGGAAAGUUAAUUGCACUUGAUUAAAAGCAGGGGGAAAGCUUAUAUGAGCUGGAGACUGCUUCCAUGGAUAUUACAGGAUACACUUCAACUUUUCCUAAGCUCUGGCAGUGGAGAAGAUUUCCCAUGUUGUGCUGCUCCAAACCCUGAACCAAAACCCAGGGCUAUGUUAAAGCAGCAAACAGAGAGGAGAGACAGGGGCAUUUCAGAGGACAGCAAGAACCAGGUGACACCAGCGAUUUGUCAAAUGUGGCAGCGAGUUGUAUCUUGGAAGGGUUUUUCUCCUCAAGGGGACAUCAACCAGAAGCUGCAGGAGGAUAACCAGGAACUGAGGGACCUUUGCUGCUUCCUGGAUGAUGACCGGCAGAAGGGCAAGAGGGUGUCCCGCGAGUGGCAGAGGCUGGGCAGGUACAGCGCCAGUGUCAUGCACAAGGAGGUGGCCUUAUACCUGCAGAAGCUGAAAGAGCUGGAAGUGAGGCAAGAAGAAGUGGUUAAGGAGAACCUGGAGCUGAAGGAGUUGUGUGUGUUGCUGGAUGAGGAGAAAAGUGGAGGAGGAGCAGGCAGCCGGAGCUCUAUCGACAGCCAGAUCAGCCUGUGCCAGCUGACUGCCACCAGCGUGUACAUCAGAGAUGUUGGGGAUGGCAGCAGCACUUCCAGCACGGGCAGCACAGAUAGCCCAGACCAUCACAAACACCACCCAAGCACCAGUCCAGAACACCUCCAAAAACCUCGGGGGGAAGGAAGCCCUGAGCACCAGAAACACAGAAGUAUCAGCCCAGAGCACCUGCAGAAGCCCAGGAGUUCUGGCAGUCCUGAUCAUCACCUGAAAGGGCCAAGCCCUGAGCAUCACAAAACCAUUGUCAAAGUACCUGAACAACAGAAGCACAGCAGCAGCAGUCCAGAAACUAUCCCAAAGCAUGUUCUGAGUAGUAGCCCUGAACACUUUCAAAAGCAGAGGCCUGGUGGCAGCCCUGAGCAUCAAAAGCACAGUGGUGGCAGCCCAGAUCACCUUCAAAAGCACACGUCCAGUGGAAGCACAGAGCACCUGCACAAGGUGAGGGGUACGAGCCCGGAGCAUCUCAAACAACACUAUGGAGGGAGCCCAGAGCACCUCAAACACCUCAGCGGAGGCAGCAGAGAAGGUACCCUCAGGAGACAAGUGACAGAUGAGCUGUCUCCUCACCACAGGAGUUUGUACAACGGAAUGAAUGCUCCUGCUAGCUGUGAAAAUUUGCCAUGAUCAACUGUGGAGCCUGUACCCGUGGCUUGGAUUCAAAGGAAAAUAUCAGUGCUUUCUACAAAUGGUACAAGGCUGAUUCAUCACUCCAUGAUAAGUUCCCACUUAGGCCAAGUGCAGAUGAGCUUGGAGAAACGCAUUGAUUCCUGACCCACAUCCCCUCUUGGCUCCUGUCUGUUUUUGGUUUAGAGUGAACAAACUUUAAUGAUGUUCAAAAUCCAUCUUAUGACUUUUGUGGUCUGCAAACAGUGCUGAGGACAUUAGGAUGAGCCUCUAAAAAUAGUGUUGGAUUACAAGAAACAAAAAGAACAUUACACUGGAGGCAGAUGAAUGAUGUUGAUGCCUGGCCUACACUCCUGUCCAGACUGCCGCAUGCUACAUUGUGACCGCUUAAAACCAUAGCACAUGCGAAUAUUCUGGAGAACUAUGAGGACAAAAACCCCUCGGUUUUUAUUUUAAAAAAAUCCUAAUUUCAGCAUGAGGGCAUUGGGAUUUAAGUGUUUUAGCUUCUCCAUGAACAUAAUCAAGUGGGAAGGUUUUUUUUAAACUUUUGAGUGUACUAGAAUGUUAUAUUCAGCCUGAAUUGCCAGAUUGGCCAACAGCAUGGAAGUGACUGGUCAGACUGUCUUGGAAGCAUGGAUCCCAGAGUUUUAUGCUGUCAAGUCACUCCAUCAUCCUGGAUUUGUCAAGAAUGAGUUGGACAGUGUUCACUCCUUAUGCUGAUCACAAAUACUGCAAAUGCAUCCAGUUGUAUGCAUGGAAUUCCUGGCUGGGGGACCUCCAAAAGGAGAUGUAGCACAAAAGGACUUGCAUGGCCCACUUUCGUGAUAACUCUACAGCAAUGCAAAUUAAAGUGUAUUUACUUAUCAGCUGUCACCUGGAAAUGUGUUCUUCAGGCACAGGAGUCAGUUUCCUGGGCAUCAUAGUCUGUUCUACUUUUUGUGUUUCAUGUGUUUUUAUUUUAUUUUUUUAACUAAAAAAAAUGAGAGUUGAUUCCAAUGUUGCUUUAGAAAAUGGAUAUUGGAAGGAUUAGUGAAGAAUGUUUGAAUGAGAAACAAUUUAUCUUGGUGUUGAAAGCAAUAUACUGUUGAAUUUAUCACUGAAAAGAUCUAUAGUUUAAAUGUAGCAACCUUAGCUGUACCUGCUUUGUGCUUAGUAGAGCUGCACUUAGCCCAUGUAUUUUUCAGUCAGUCAAUGUUAGAUAUUAAUCCUACAUGUCACUUAAACCUAAUGUAGGAUUUUUGAAUAUUCCUUGUCUUUGUUGCAGGGGAAACAGGAUCUUGACUGCAAAGAUGCAGUCAGGUGAUACAUGUUGUCAAAUUUGACAUUUAAGUGCUUUUAAUACCUUCCCAGUUUUGUUGGAUUUUGAUUUAUUUGUUUGUGCUCUGCUGCUCAGGAACACAUCAUGAUGCACAGGAAGCAUGGAGGCUCUGGAAAAUCUUAGGAAAGAAUCUGUAGUGAAAGAUAAAAGUUACUAGUAAGUUUUUACAACCUGGAAGGACAGAAAUCUGGGUAGUGUUUGCAUUUUGUUUAUUAGGAAAUGCUGUUCCCCAGGGAACCAGGAGCAUUUCCAUUCCAAACACUGAGGCGUAUUGGUCUGUGGCUUUGCCCAUCAGGUGUCAGGAGAGUUGGCCGCUGGCUGAACCAGUGGCUUGAUUUGCAUCUCAGCUCAUGGAACUACUGAUAUGGGGCCCAAGUACCAAAUUUGUGUCCCAUCGUAUCUGUGGAAAUGCAGUGGGAAGGGUUCUUUAGAAGAGUUUCUUCACUGCUCCAGAAGUCAUCAGCAGAGCACAAUCUCAGUUUGGCCACACCCAGAGAUAUCUGUUGCAAAAUAGAGAUAAAUUUCAGCAAACACAGAUUUCUCUGUUUUAAUGGUGUAAAUCAGAGCUCUUUGCCCUACAGAUUGCAGGUACAGUUCUGUUUCUGACCACCAUGCCUUCAGCAGUCUAAAUACAGUAUUCAAGUUCUAUCUGAGGGCUUGAGUCAGUUCAGAUCUGUGGAGAACCAGGGGUGGAUGAGAUUAUAGACUUUGUCUUGGCAUGAUGCUGACUUGUCACCUGUGGAUCUGUCCAUGUCCAGCUCCAUCUGUGUUUAUUCUCCACACCAUGGAAGGUGUGCCCUGAUGGCAAACCAAUCAGCUGGGCUAGAGGCUGACUGUGUGGAGUUGUGGGAUUUUGGGGAGAGCUCAUCAGACAUGGGGGUAAUCAGACCUUGCAUCCUGUUUUGCUCUGGUUUUGUGAACAUGUGUAUGUGUUGUGCAGAAAACUUCUCCCUCUGCCCAAACCCAAGGAUAUGUCAGAUCUGAAAGCCAGCAAAAUAAACGUUCAGUGACAUCUAUUUUUACAGAUUCACAGCUUAUUCUGAGUUGGAAGGGACCCACAAAGAUUGAGUUCAACUCUUUAGUAAAUGACCUGUAUGAAGAUUGAACCCACAACCUUGGUAUUACAUGCUGAAUUUAUCAUCAGAGGGAAAGACUGAAAAUCUGUAACAUAUUGGUCAUCAGAU